AUGCCACGCAAAGCCUUUUUGCGAGAUCUCGCAAAUGCAGCGGUCCCUGGCCGAUUCCCCUGUAUCUCUGAUAUCAGAACAGGGGAGUAUGAUGGAUCAAUUUGCUUCACGUUCGCAGCGCCUGGGGCAAGCAUCACCCUUGAUCUCCAGGUCAUUGUGUCUGACUCUCACGAUUAUCCCAAUGGCCAUAGCUUUUUGGCCUUCUCAUCGUCCGAGGACUGCCCUAAGGCAGUCACCUCCUCCCUGGAAAAUGCAGUGCCCUUUUUCAAUGACUUGAGUAUCUACGACUUAUUGAGCAAAAUUGAGAACAUUAUCACCAACUGUAUGAUUGAUCCUGAUUCAGCAUCCACUCAUGCAGAGGACCCAGGCACUCAUGACUUCAACGACAAUGAGUCAGCUGCCAGUGACACUGAACCUGACUGGGACUCUGCCGAUGAAAACAUAAUAUUCAAAUCCACUCACAGUGAGACUGAGUUACGAGAAAAUAUUCGCCGUGACCUUCGUGCAGUCAAGAACGCGGGAUUCAAGGUGGGAUACCUGGGGUUGAAGCAUGGCACCAUCAUUGUGUCAGUAUCUUGCCGCAUUUAUAAGCUUGGAAUUUCCGAGGAAGCUAUGAAUUCCUGGAGUAUCAGACCCUCGGAGUAUCUGGUUUUGCUGAUCCGUUAUCGACCGACCUACCUUGAUCUCCAAACAAUUAUCAAGUCAGCAGGUGAUCCUAAGAACGCUCAGUUUCAGAUGCAUGUUGGCCUCUGUAAUUCAUACAAGCCAUCCUUUCAGCACGCCAUGGACGCCAUAAAUGGGCCACAGGACCAACAGGCGAAAGACAAGAUUACAACUUCAGACAAAACAAUGUGUGGUCAUCUCGUCAGGCCACUUUUCAUUGGAAGAUCGCUCAAUUUACUUUUAAGAGAGCGACUGCUUGGCAUCAUCAAUCUCCGACUAAAACAUGAGUUUUCGUGGACAGGGGCAGAACUUUUCUUCCAGACCAACCAGGGUAGGAUUUAUGUUAGCUCCGAGAUAUCUUCCGAAGAGUACCGUCAGUCGGACACCUGGGCCACUUCGACGCCGGAUAUUCUUACGGCUGAUCAUAUGACUGAAUUGGAUCGCAAUAUUUCUAAUUUGUCUUUCCCUCUUCUUGCUAUGCAGUUUACUCUGCGGCAUUUUAUCAAAUGCACAGAGUUCUGCUUGGUUUGUCAUUGCAAGACUGGUGAUACCUUCGAGGCACUGAAGCCGUAUGUCUGCUCCAACGCGCUGUGCCUGUAUCAAUACAUGUCGCUGGGUCUGGGCCCAAGCCUUGAACAUGAGAUCCGCUCCCAACCCUUUGUUGUUGACUUGCUGACCAGCCUGGCAUACGCGAGGGCCUCAGCGGGGCUCCUUGAAGACCUCCCGACUGGUCUUCGAUUGCGUGUUCCCGAAAAAUUGUUCCCUACAACAGCUGCAAGUAGUACUGCAUAUCAUACUGCGCAAUUGAAUGCAGCCAAUCUUGAAAUUCGGUUAAAUCAGCCAACUGCGGUCAAAGUUGGUGAUUGGAUUGUCCUCAUUUUUACGACCGUAGGAACAGAAGAAUGGCAUUGUCGUGUUGAGCAGGUCGGUGAGACCUCGAACCAUGUUCUCAUUUCACUUCCAAUUAGGAAGGGUCAUCAACUGCAGCCACGAGACCUGCGGGUUCCCCCCCAGGAUGUGUGCAUUAUUGUUUAUGACACCGAUCUGGACGAUUUAACACCCUUACAAAAAACGCGGAUGAUUUCUUGUCUAUUGGGCAUGCUCCCUCGUAUCGAGGAAAUGAAGAUGUUCAUCGGAAGUCACGAAAAGGGCAAGCUUCUUUCGUCAUGGAAAAACGUCAUACCUCCCGCUGGGUUGGAUCUUUUACGCUGGGUUGUUGCCUCAAAUCGAUCUCUUAUCAAGCAAGAUGACGAUGAGCCUCGGCAUCAGAUAGUUGGAAUGAGUAACUACAUCCAAUUCAGACUUGUUCAAGGUGCUGCUGACAAAGAGCAACGAUUUAUCAACGCGGUUAACUCCAAUUCGUUGGCCGAGAAUCCCAAUCACCCUACUAUAUUCGCUUGGCAUGGCAGCCCUGUGAAUAAUUGGCAUAGUAUUCUACGCGAGGGUUUUCACUUCAAGCAAAUUAUCCAUGGCCGUGCCUGUGGUCAUGGUGUUUACAUGUCAAACAACUUCCAUACCUCAUUGGGAUACACUACUACGAAUUUUCCGCCUACGUGGCCAGAGAGUCGACUGAAACUCUCGACAGUGAUUUCUCUGAACGAGGUCGUCAAUGCCCCCCGGAAGUUUGUGAGCCGCAGCCCACACUACGUUGUGCAACACUUGGAUUGGAUCCAGCCAAGGUAUCUUUUUGUCAAAUUUCAAGAUUUCAACGUCCCUGGUAUGGCAGGGAGAAUAGGUGGAUCUGCGUAUGGGAGUAUGUCAACGAGCUCAAAAGCCCAGCCACCGUUUUACGAUCAUGAUGAAAGCCUUAUGUACAAACAAGAUGAGCGUUAUCCGGCUCUUGGUCCCAGCGGACAGCCGAUCAAAAUUCCCAUUUCGAUAUUUAGCGGCCAACGGGAGAAAAUUAUUCGUACCGCUAGAGAAACAGGGCUUACAGAGCUUACACCGUCACCUAAGCUACGCAUCAAGAGACGCAAGUAUUCAGUCGAAAAUACUGAACAAUAUGACAAUGACGACAAUGUCAGCAUUGAGACGACCAUGGAGGAUCUCAGCAUUCUUCUAUCCGACGAUGAAAUGUGCGGAACUCUUCCAGAUCCCAUUAUGCAAGAAAGAGCCGUCCCAGAAACUGGCCUCGAGACUAAUUUCCAACCUGGAACCCUACAGUGCAACUCUUUGCCUCCACUUUCUCCGCCCCAGUUUGCAACGACCUCAGCCACAAAAGUCUUACAGCGUCAUCUCCAGGCUACAAUAAAAAUCCAGGAGCAAGUGCCACUUCACGAGCUUGGAUGGUAUAUCGACCACAGUUUGAUUACGACAGUUUACCAGUGGAUCGUGGAGCUACACACGUUUGAGCCAGCCCUCCCACUAACAAAAGACCUCGAAACCAUCAACCAAAAAAGCAUUGUCUUAGAGCUCCGUUUUCCCCCGCAGUUCCCCAUGGAUCCACCUCUUGUACGGAUCAUCCGCCCCCGUUUUCUCGAGUUCGCUGCUGGAGGUGGCGGCCACGUUACCAUCGGUGGCUCUAUGUGCAUGGAACUACUUACACACUCGGGCUGGCUACCGACAGCUUCGAUUGAGAGUGUGUUGUUGCAGGUUCGCAUGGCUCUUACCAACACAGAUCCAAGACCCGCGCGUCUCAAUCUACAUUCCGCAAAUACCGAUUAUUCAGUGGGCGAGGCUGUGGAGGCGUACAGAAGAGUUGCGAAGACGCAUGGAUGGAAAAUCUCAAAGGAUAUUGAACAACUUGCCUGGUGA